AUGAAAAUUUUUAUUCAAUUUCUUAUUUUUCUAAACUUUUUAUCUGGAUCAUUAUGUGUUUCAAUAAAUUAUGACCAGAAAAACUCAUUUGACGAAAUUAAAAGAAAUUUAUUAAAUAAUAACAAUGCUACAAAACAAUUAUUAUCUGAAAAAGAAUUGAAAUUAAUUCGAUUUAUUUCAUAUUUGACAUAUAUGCAGACAACAGGAACCAACUUAACAUGGAAAGGUUGGGAAAAAAACUAUGAUGGUUCCCAACUCGAUCUAGAUGCUAUUCGAUAUCCUUUGGCUCACAUCGGUUAUACAGCUGCAGCAUUAGCCCAUAGAACACCAAAUUAUCGCGAAUUAGCAAUCAAAAUAUUAAAAGAUACCAUUGAACGUAUGCUAAAAAUUGAAGUAUGGGGAUAUAUUGAUCAUUAUUGGAAAAAAGCAGCUACAUUUCCUGAUCCGGUUUCCUAUGAAAAUAUAAUGUAUAGUGGUCAUUUAUUACAAUUGUUGACGCUGUAUGAAAGUAUCUCAGGUGAUUUCAGAUAUGAUACUGAUGGAUUUGAUUUCUUAUGGAAUAAAACUGAUUAUCCAAUAACUAAAAUCCAUUAUACAACAACUAAAUUAGCUUAUGCCAUUUAUGACCAAAUGAACGAAGAAUCAUCAGCUGGUGUAUCAUGUGAACCAGGUUGGAUUUAUACAAUUUGUCAAAAUCAUCCACAUCUCGGAUUUCGACUCUAUGAUCUUGUUCAUAAUAACAGCAGAAAAUUUUCUCAAAUAUCAUCAAAAUGGAAAGAAUAUUUGAAAACGCAUGCAUUAGAAGAUAUACCAUUGUAUAAAAAAGAUCGAUAUUUUAAAAUGUUAUAUCAAAGAGAAACUCAUAUUUGGGUACCAUUUUUUGCAUCAACAGGUAAUGAUGGAUGGAAUCUAGCGUGGAUGUCAUCAUGGUUUGAUUAUAAUGAAACAUCUAAUUUUAUUUGUGAUGGAUGGAAAAUAAUGUAUAACAAUCAAUACUGGAAACCAUCUGAAAAUUCGACACUACCUGGAUGUUUUUUGGAUAGUGGUGGCUAUAUUGGUGUCCGAAUGCAAUUGAAUAGUUGGGUUGCAACAUCAUUCUAUCCGGUUGUUGAAAAACAAUGUUCAAUAGAAGCAACAGAGAAAUUAAAUUGUACUUAUUCAUGGUUUGAGAAUAAUUUUGGAACUUUGUUAGAUACAGAUAAUGAUCAUUAUUUUGAAUCAUAUUAUUAUGAAACAAAUACAUUUUAUUCUAAUUGGGUUACUUCUAAUAUAUUACUAUCAUUAUUAAUGGGUGAAAAUGGAUAUAAUACAAGAUCAUUUCUAAGAACUAUUUAUAAUAGUAAAUUUUAUGAAAAAUUUCUAAAUAAUGAACCAGAAGUUUUACUGGUUGAAUAUCCAUCUAUACGUGUUACUCGAGCUCAAUAUGAUUCAAGUACAAAGUCACUUUUGAUUAAUUUCAAUACAGAAAAGCCAAUGAUAUUAUCAACAAUAUUUCAAAUUAAAUAUCCUAAUUCUCUAUUAAGUAUUUCAAAUAUAACACGGGACAACUAUAGUGAUGGAUUCACAGUUAAUCAAAUUUCAAAUGUUAUAAUAGAAAUUCAAUAUACUUAUAACACAAUCGAUAAACAAGAAACAGAAUUCAACAUUUUAUUUCAUUAG